AUGUUAGUUGCAGUAAGUGGAUCUGGCUUUGAAUGUGUGGAAUUAAUCCUUAAUUGGUUGAUGAAACAACAUGACUUCGAAGUUAUUGAUAAUUCUAAAAAAGACGAUGAUAUAUUGGAUUAUGCUACUAAGAAUUAUACUAGCAAUAUGGUUGUGCAUUGUGAAAAGUUGUCAUUACUAGAUCUACUCUCCAAACGUCCUUUUUUUGUCCAUAUGUCGGUGGAAGGCACAACAGCAUUGAAGUUAAAAUUUAACAACUUUUAUAACAAAGAGAAUAAAAGUGAUACAAUGUCAAUGCAGGAAGCUCUUGAUGCUAUUUCAAACAUAAACGAAACGAAACACUCAAUACUUCUGUCCGAAAAUGCACAUUUUAAAUUUAAACUUGUUACCGAUGAUGAUGUGGACACCUUAAAUGAGAAGUUAAGGAAAGCCAUUAGUCAAAUUUUAAAUGAGAUAGAACUCAAGAAUAGCGCUUCAGAAUUGUCUCCUCCCUUGAGACCAAACUGGGAUGAAUAUUUUAUGAAAUUGGCAACACUAGCUGCAUCUAGAGCAAAUUGUAUGAAAAGAAGGGUAGGAUGUGUUAUUGUCAGAGAUCGUAGAGUCAUUGCUACUGGAUAUAAUGGUACACCACGUCACUUAACCAAUUGUUUUAACGGCGGUUGCCCUAGAUGUAACGAUGGUAAUUCAGGUAAUCUUCAUACAUGUUUGUGCCUACAUGCUGAAGAAAACGCAUUAUUAGAAGCAGGUAGAGAUCGUAUUGGCUCAAACGCAACUUUAUACUGUGAUACGUGUCCAUGUUUAACUUGUUCUGUUAAAAUUGUUCAAACGGGUAUUACAGAAGUCGUUUAUAGCCAAUCAUACAAUAUGGAUGAAGAUAGUUUCAGGGUAUUGAAAUCUGGAGGGGUUAAGAUUAGGAAAUUCAAUUUGAUACAAGAACCUAGGAUUAUCUUUAUAUAA